GCUUCACCAGCAUCAGCAAGAUACUGCUUCUGAUCAAAAUAUCAGGAGUCUGAAAUAAGUAAGGAUGUCCAACAAUAACCAUUUGGUUUUCCAUCCUUACAAUCAAAGACCAAACCACUUAUAAAAUAAAUUAUUUUCAUAAGGCGCGUUCACGAAAGAAAUGAUUACUUAAACAAAAAUAAAGUUAUUAUUAUCCUGUGGUAAUACAAAAUUAUUUACUACCUUAUUUCAUACAACUAAGUCAUACUGUUUGUUAUUAUGAUGGGGUGUAAGAAACUAGAAUCUUGACCUACAUAUUUCCGAAAUCAGCUGCGUUAACGUCACAACGACGUCUUGAUCGCAAUCGAACUACACAUUGUGGACUUUAGUCCCGUCAACGUCUUCGCGAAAAAGUGCUAAUAUUUUGAAUAAAACCAAUCUUUGGACAGAACCAUAGUUUCACUUUACAAGCACAGCUGAUUUCACUGAUCUGAAUUUUCACAACCAAAGAUUGAAGGAUGUCGUCUCCUAGUCCAGGAAAGAAAAGAAUGGACACAGAUGUUGUCAAAUUAAUCGAGAGUAAGUACGAAGUGACAAUACUAGGUGGUUUAAACGAGCUUAUGGUAAAAUUCUUUGGACCUCCAGAAACUCCAUACGAGGGUGGGAUUUGGAAGGUUCGUGUUGAUCUUCCCGAACGAUAUCCUUUCAAAUCUCCCUCAAUUGGAUUCAUGAACAAAAUAUUCCACCCGAAUAUUGAUGAAGCGUCUGGUACAGUUUGUCUUGAUGUCAUAAACCAACAAUGGUCUGCUCUUUAUGACUUAACCAAUAUUUUUGAGUCUUUCUUGCCACAGCUUUUAGCAUAUCCAAAUCCUACAGAUCCACUUAAUAGCGAUGCUGCUUCUUUGUUUAUGUUCAAACCCUCAGAGUAUGUCACAAAAGUAAAAGGUUAGUUGUUCUGAUUCAUGCUUAAAAUUCGGUUGUUAUUCAUGUCUUCUUAUUUUGGUAUAAUGUUUGGCCAAGCGCAUUGUUUUGGAUACGGUAGAACGUCUCAAAAUAGUCCAGGAGCACUAAAAUCUGUGCCUAGGUCAAAUGGGUUUAUAAUUUUACUGUUUUUAGUAGAGUAGUAGCCUUUCACAGAAUUCACCAUCCCUCCAUUUUUAAGUUACCCAUGGGUUAGUCGUAUGCAUUGCAUUUCCCUAAGAGUAUACAGCUCGACUUCUAGUAUAUUUAUGGUAUAUGCUGUGUAUAUUUGCUUAGAAGGUAGCUUUAAUUUGUAAUGGAAAUAUAGUAGUAAAUCUAAAAUUCUGAACUGACAUUCACAUAAUGUAUUAAAUAUAAGUACGUGAUAGGGAAAAUGGUUUAAGUUUGUUCAGCUGGAAGCACACCUAGUCUUACGUAUUUCUUAUUUUCGAUGUCUAUAGUUGUUGUAAAACACGUCGUUCUACUUCAAGACUAUGGUUUAUUUAUACUGGAUAUUGUGGGUCGUUUUGAUAAGUGAUUGCUCUGUCUACCAAUACUUAAAAUCUUUUGUGACAAAAGCCAUCAUCGGCAGAAUUAUUUUAAACGGCUUAAAAAUAUGCAUCUUGUAUACUUUCCUACAAUAAACCAGACAUCGGUUGUUAGGACUAAACGAGAAGUGUGUGCAUAAACGGCCGUGUUUCGAUACAUUUCUGCUGCUAGAGUAUGUCAACUAUCUUAUUUAAUAGUAUGUAAUAAUUUCUUCGAAUGAUUAUCCCGGAAUUUCGGCUUAUCAAUAUAUCAGUGGGUAAGCUGAUAAUUUUGCAACGACCAGCUGAGAGAGUUCAUUGUGCAUGAAAAACACAAGUUGACCAAUAUUUUUCAGAUAACUGCUUAGUUGUUGUUCUUGUUAAUAUAUAGCGAUAUCUUAAUGAUAUGCAGCGUAAAAACCAUUAGAUAACCAUAAAGUUUUUCAAUACAUCGUAAUCUUCAUUUCUCUUCGCGGAUAUACAUAUUGCAGUUCACAAAAUUUGUAAAUUCAGUUUAUUAUGGUACCUUUUAUUAAUUAGCCUUGUUUGUUAUGUAAACCGAUACCCGCUUAAUUUUUUUUGUUGAAAAGAACGUGUUUUGGUAUGCGUAAUGUUAAGUUACUGUAGAUCCUCUAGUUUUUCUUGAUCAUCUUUUCUCAAUGUAGUAGGCAACUCAACCAGAUUAACCGUAAACGAACUUUCAUCACAAAAAGCCAAUAUUUUUUACUAUCUGCUAACUUGUGGUUCAAAGGAAAUAUUGUACUGUAUGUGAAAGAAGUAGCAAUAAUUCUCUGUCUAAUACUUUGCAUCUGUGAGGACAGUUAGGGGCAGAGGGCAGACAUACAUCGUAGUGCCUGACAGAAAUAUACAUAAGCUCGAACUCUAUAUAUUUUGUUUCAGGAAGGUGAAAAGAAAUGUAUUGAAAAACAAUGAAGAUAGUCAAUAAGUUCUUGAACGACUCCCCACUAACGAUUUUUACGUGUUUUUGCUCUUUCAUGUGGUUCAUAAGGUCUUUAUUGUACAUAAGCUUUUUCUUGCACCAUCAAUGCACCUUAAAGACUGUAUGUAAGAGAUUUCUCUCGGAAUUAGGAUUUAACAUGUCGAAUCACGUAAUUUUUUCUUUGGAUCCUAAAACCAUCUCCCAUAGUUUUAUGUGAACUAUGAUUCGUCUACUGAGUUCUAAAUCUCUAGCUAUCUGUUGUAAACUCCGAUUGACAGGCAUUGAUUUCAAUAUCUCACUCUUUCAUUAUGAAUGAGUUGCCGAAACAAAAUUGAAAAAAGAUCUGUGUAUUGUAUAAAUUUACCACUUAAUUUAGUGAUACCCAUUUAACAAAUAGUUUCACGAAAUGUUAGCUUCAUCAUUUUAAAAAUUCUUCCCUGUUAGAAGCACUUAAAAGAUAUAUGUAUUAAUCUUUGAAAAGUCAAACAUAUAUAAAUUUACUUUCAUAAAUAAUUCUAUGACUAAGAAAAAAGAGAGUACUAUCUAUUUUGUAGCAAUUCGCUGUAUCAGUUCUAGAUGCAACUGGUUAACGUAUUUAUUUAUUUGAACACAAACACUGGUUCAAGGAGGCACCAAAUAUAUAUGUACUACACAAGUCACUUGAUUUGUGUGUGGGCUGUGGUACUGCCUGGGUGCCCAAACCGAAGCAGGUGGUUUUCUCAGGGAGACACUCGUAGCCUUCGAUCGAAAGGUCUGAUCCAUAAGACGGUGGAGCAACGUCAGGAGAUGCAGUCCCAUGGUAGCUGGUGACCAACGAUUGGUUCAUACUCCAUUCGUUGCUUCCGGAUACUGGAGCCCAUGUGCACUAUUGGUUUGCAAUCAGGGUUUUCUAGCUCCCCUAGGUGGAUCCUCCAUAUCCACCAACUUGGUUAAAGCGCCGGACGUUCGCUUUUCAUCCUCUCAAUUUCGUAAACAACACCCCCACCACGCGAAGGCAGUGAGUAGGACUUCCCUGGAAGUGGCUGUAUAUUCAUGGCCAUGUGAGAGCAUCUGCAGAGGGAGAGCUGACUCUCCUCACCAUCGACCGUACCAGGGCAUUUGGGGGCAACUCUUUAGCGAUGUAAUUUUCAACUUUACUAGACAUUAAAAUAACAUCCUUAGUCGCAAAUAUGCACUAAUUGAAGUACUUAUACCCAUGUAUAUAUUAGGAUAUCAAGACUUAUAAGUCUGAUCAUUUAAUCUUUUAUGAGACUGCAUGCUGUUAGGUUCCAUUAGUUUAGUUUUCUCUAAAACAAUUCAAAUAUUAUCUAACAAUCUGUUAUUCCAAUUAGUUUGUAGUUGCUAAGAUAGAAUUGUCUUUUUUUGUAAACUGAUCGAUCAGCCUGACCAACUUGAGAACACCAACUUCUACAUUAGUAUUCCAUAAUCUGAGCAAGUCCGACUAUCAGUAUUGAGCCAUUAAUCUCUAAUACGGUUAAAAACAAUUCUAGCAUAAUUUGUUGCUUUUUCAGAUGAUAGAUACUUUACGACCUCACGUUUCUCUUUGUGUUUAUUCAUGUGUUAUGAGUCUCUACUUUUCUAGGUGACAUUAUAUUCUGAUCCUCAUCAAAUUCAUCCGACCUUGUCGUUUUUUGACAAAAAAUAACUAAAACGAAGUAAGAAUGACAAUAUCUGCAGAAUACGAUCAUAUCAUUCUAUAUCAUUGCUCUGUAGCCACCUAAAAGCUAGUGUGUUUAAUUAUUUUCAGUUAUUAAUAUUAUAAUAGAAAUAAACUGUCGAUAAGUUGUAUAUAAUAUGAAAGAAAUUAUGAAUCAAAGUUGUAAAAAGCAUGUUCUUUUUGUAAUUAUUUGAGACAAUAGUUCUAGUGUUAGGAUAAUUUUAUUAUGUAAUAAAACAAGAUUUUGAAGGUUCAAGAGGUCAAAAAGGGUAUGUGAGUGCAAUUCACUAAAUUAUGAUUACAAUCUAUCGUAUUCUACAAAUAUUUUCGUCCUUGCUUUGUUUAAACUUGUGAAGCAAAUCAAUUGCCUAAAAAGCUUUAUUCAUUCAAUGUCUUGAAUUUCUUCCUAAAUUCAACCUUUGCAACCGUUAAUUUAUUACUAUUUCAAAGAUAAACGACUCUUUCUAUCAUCCGUAUAUGUCAACUUGGUAGUCAUAGUUAAUCAUUAAAAUAUACUUUGGAUAAGUUUGUCGUGCUGUAAAGGAUUUCUUCUAAUCAAUGUUAGUUUUUAUUGACAAUGUUGAAGAAAUAAGUAACAAGCAUACUGAGUCCUGAAAUACUUCCUACUUUGCAAAGUACCACUACAUAAUGAACAAAGUUAUCACUUGGCUCUCGUUCUAGGGUAAUUUCGUUUGAUGACAAUAAACUUCACUGUAACGAACAGAUUCCAACAUUUAAAUAUUUUCUGGCAAAUAGUCAAAUAGGUUGAUCUGUAGACAGUCAUUAUCAUGGCUUUAAUUCUAAAGCAAAACCAGAAUUCGACAAUAAUUUCGCAUAAGCUUUCCAGUAAAUGUUUCAGACUAAUAAGUUGAUACCGUAAAUCUUUUUUCAAUGCAUCCACUACUCAUAUGUUAUGUAUUUCAAGUACAUAAAUUCUGGUACAGUAGGGGACCAGAAAAUACGCAACACAAGUGAAGGGUAGUACGAUCAAUAAAGAAAUAAACUGAAAUAAAAUUUAACAAGCAGUGUGGUUAAGUAGAUGAUAUGACUUGGAAAACGUUUCACCUAAAGAGAACCAUCUCCGUUAUGAAAAGCGUAAUUAGAAAAACAAUGUGUCACAAACUGAUCACCACUUUGCUCUCUCCACCCAGUCUCUGCUGUGGAAAUAAUCCGCAAUAUGGAAGCGACUGAAAUGUAUCUUAAAACAUGACCAAGUCAUCGAGGUCGGUGUUUCAAGAUGGCGAACUACAGUUUGUACAGCUAGGAAUUGUCAAUAAAACCCUACUUGAAAAGCGUGCCUUCAAAUUGAGUCAUUGAACCUGCACUUAGUUGAAGAAGUUAUGUUAUUUGUUAUUGUAUAAAGGUACGGCAUGAUCAUAACAGUGGAAGUUUUAUAAAAAUAUUUGAUUGGUCUUCGACAAUGUUACUGGUAGCUAUUUUCUAAUAAUCGAUCAUGAUGUAUAUUGAUUGACCUAGUUUCAGUUGUACUUUUAGUUUCAUCUCAUUCUUUUCGUUAAAGUCAAUGUUUUGAAGGUUAUUAGUCGAAAAAAGGCUUAAAUAUGGAGACUUUUAACAAAAUUCUAUUGAGUGCAUGGAAAGGAUGUAUAUUUAAAUGAACAAUUCAAAAUAUCGUUUAGUCUGUUGCAAAUAUGUAUAUUUUUCAAAUCCCUUUUAAUUAUAAGUCAUAUAAAGAGGGUGACUAAUAUCCUUUUGUUUCCAUUUGUCAUCAUUUCGCGUACUAGUAUAUAUUUAUUUGUGUAGUGUUUUGAAUAUAUAAACUAAAUAUUACCUGACACAGUUGCGAUACUUCAAAGCAAUCUAACUGACAAAGGUUGGCAAGAAGGGAAAAAUAAUGAUAUUACUGAUACCUUCAAUGCCAAUAAAAACUGAGAAAAUCAGUGAAAUAAAGUAAAAAGUAAUUAGAUGUAAAGUAAUCGGUGAUUGACUUUUAAAGAUGGACCUAUCUUACGGCUAUUAGUUUCAAAUCAAUAAUCAGUAGUAAAUCGUCAAUUUCAAUUGUUCCACAGACUCUACAAUUGCAUACUAUCACAUUUACUGGUGUAUUUUACUCAUGGAUUCGCUAGUUUUCAUGCAUCCAUAUAAAAUCUGUAAAUGUAUCGUAUAUUUUCUAAAUGGAUUUUAUUGUUCAUUUCAAAUUCGAGGCCACAACUUUCGUAUGAUAAAUUGACGUUUAAUUUUCAGUGGUUCUUCUUGGUACUCAUAUAAUUUACAUUUCAUAUUUCAUAUGAUCUCAUCAACAUCUGUUUGCGUUCAGUUUUUCUCAUUCAUAAAUCUAAAUAAAGAAAAGAGUCCAAAUGUUAAUAACGAAUACCAUUACUUCUAGGUUGUAAGAAGUUGAAAAGAAUCAAACAAUAAAUAAAUACAUUAGUUUCAUUUACACACCAGUGUUCUGUGUUUUUCUUAUUUUCUUUCUCACAUUUUAAAAUAGAAUAUGUCCAACGUUUCGCAAGUGAGGAAGCUUUAAAAGCUGAAGAGAAUAGAGAAGCUGAGUCUAGUUCCUCAGAUGGUGAGAGCUCCAUGUCAGACUACACGGAUGAUAUGGCUAGAGAUAUGGAGCUAUGAUACUAUCUUUUGUAGGAGUGGAAAUGCACUAAGAUUGGUCUAUGCUCGCUACCGCUCUGCUUUCAUGCCACAAAUUAUAAUUUCAAAAGUAAAACAAUAAUUAUCAUUACUAUUAUUAUUAGUUACUGCUAUCACUUAUUAUUGUAUUGGUAGUUUAAAAGAUGACACUCUAUCCUCUAUUGGUUUCUCUUCGGACUUCUCUUAACCUUUGUUAUUAAUAUUAUUAUUUUCUUGUCAAUCUUUGCGUGGUUAUUGUUCAAUGUUUGUUGAUAACUGAUUGAUUGGUCACUAAACUAGUGAACAACAACUUCGUGGUCUCUUAUAUUCUGCACUAUCGUAUAUAUAUAUAUAUAUAUAUAUAUAUAUAUAUAUAUAUAUAGCGUCGUUUUUGUACACAAGUUUUCACUUUUCACGGGUUGAAACAGUAUUUUUUGACCCUUUCAUUUCUUUUUGCUCUCUCUUUUUAAUAAUUUCUUAAAAUAAUAAAGAACCUCAUUCAUCUAUAGUACACAAAACUAUUUUUGCAAUCAAAUUAAUAAAAAAACACAAAAUUAUUGUUAUUAUCCACACGUAUGUUGCGAUUCUUAUGUAAUAGUACAGUUUCCGUAUUUAGACAAUCACAUUACAGUAUACUAUAUUCUUAAUUAACAUUACUGAGGAUAAGAAGUUUGUGUGUGUUAGAGUGGGGUAGAUUGAAUGUUUUCUUUCUCCUAAUGAAUAAAAGACGAAUCAUUUUCACUAUUCCAAUUCUUCAAGAUUGAUACAUUAGUGGAAUUGUGUUUAAGCGGCAUUUUUACAUAUGCACGCGUGCUCCCUACCAUAUUCGUCACUCUUUCAUUUCCAAUCUUUAUGAUUUAAUGGAGUUCCAGUAAAUAUAUAUACAUAUACAUUUGUGUUGUCUAGUUUAGUAUUUUAGUGCUCUUUCUGGUCGUUUAGUCUCUGUGUAGUUUAUGAACAUAGGAUUUGAUCUUCUAUAUAUGUGUACAAGAAUAGAUCGUGUGUAUGUAUGUAGAGCGCUUUAUUAUCUUUGAUACUAAUUACACCACUGAAAUUAAUCUGAUUUUUCUUCUGGCAGUUCGCCUUUCCUUUUUUAUUAUAAAACUAUUCUUUGGAGAUAAAAUCUAUACAUUAUAUUCUAAGUGAAUUUCAUCACAGGUUAUAAUGAAAAUAGAUUUAUACCUGUUGUGUUUUUCUUUCUCAAUUGCUCACAUACUCAGUACUUCUUAAUUUUAAUUUUGUUUGUUUGAAUAGAAAAAGAGAAAUACAUAAAUAAAAUCUUAUUUCGUGUUGAAGUUUUGUGAAUGAUAUCUUCUCCAGUAUUUUUAAGAACAAAAAAAUUGUUAAAUUACCAGUUACGUGUUCUCACUCUUCAUAAGUGUUCAAUUUACAUUAUUUCAGUUACUUUAUGAACUAUUUAAGUUUUCGUUUUUUAAAUAACUAUUUAACCUUUUAUUACAUAAGAGCAAAUUAUUUACAGUAAAUACAAUAACAUGUAAGAGGAAAAUACAAUAUAUUUCAAGUUGUGUUAAAAAGUUUUGACCAUCCUCUGAGGAUAUAUUAUUUCAUUUGUGUGGAAUUUGAUGGAUUAAUCGUUGAUGCUCCCUUAUAUAUGUGUGUGUGUGAUAUGGUAAUAAUAUCUAUUUAUUUACAGCGAUCAUACUUGUACUUGUUUCUUAUUUUUUCGUUAAUCUUACAUUUACACACACGUAAAAAGAUAUAACCUUGUGAACACAUCUAUAUUACUACUAUUAUUUUGUACAGAUAUUGCCAAUUAUAUCAUUAAUGGUGGCCAAUAAUUUGUAGUUUGAAACAGCUCAUUUUGCAUAUUUGGACAUGUUACAAAUUUGUUGAAUAUAAAAAUAUAUUGUUCAAGCAAAUAUCUUAAAUUAAAUUGUAUCACUGUUCUCUUACUCUUUUCUUUUUUAUGCAUCCUGUAUUGGAUGAUGAUUAUAUUUGGUAAACAGGAAGAAAGGCAACUUUUGAUUCUUUCAUUAUUAAAACUAAUGAUAUUCAUUAUUACUAUUGUUUAGUUCUUAUUAUAUUAAUAACUAAUUGCUCUAGGUCCAUGUAUUCCAAACAUUAAAUUACUAAAUCUCAUCAAAGCUUAUCAAAAAAACAAUUACAGAUAAAUAAUAGGUCAGAUUUUCAGUUAAAUGAAGGGUAGUUUGAUCAGUAGACGAAGAAAAAUGAUGGACUUGGAAUAUUCAGUUAUUUAAUUUCCAACUAUAUGACCCUGAAUUGAUCGCCUCGUCCCAACUUCAGUUUAGGAAGCUGGAUACUAUCACUGAGCAUUAAAUGAAAAAUGUCUGGCUUAAUAUUGAGUAAAUGAAUCUGUAUUUGACAAGUGGAUUACAUCAUUAUUCAUUAUCAACUACACUAAAUAAUGUGUCACGAACUAAACCAAGUAACCAGCAAGUUUUAAGUUUUCUAGGGUUUGUAUCCUAUGAAUCAAUUCAGUUCUUAACAGAAUUUUUAAUUUAUUGUAAAUCCCAGGUUCAAAUCAUGGAUAUUUCAAUAGUUGUAAAUAUGAGAAAAUAUUAUACAUUGCAAUAAAAAUACGAAGUCUACCAGGUUUUAUAUUUAUAAUUAAAUGGAAGUCGACCU